UUCCUUCGCCCUUCAGUACCGCGAUUCCAUUGCGCCAGAAAAAAAAAAUCGGUUCUUCCUCGAUCCUCUUGCUGGCCUGAAUUGAGGACUUGGGGGCGUCGCCGCAAUCUUUUUGCCGCUUGGAAGACAUGGCCGGCGGCGUGGCUCCCUCGCUCCGUGUGCUGGUAGACAUGGACGGGGUUUUGAGCGACUUCGAGGGCGGGCUGCUCCGCGACUUUGUCGCUUCCUACCCCGGGGAGCCUCACGUGGAACCGGCGCAACGAAAGGGCUUUUCAGCGCAGGAUCAGUACCGUCGCCUGCGGGAAGACCUAGGGGACAAAAUAGCCAGUAUCUAUGAGUCACCUGGCUUUUUUCUGAGUCUGCAGCCCAUCCCAGGAGCUAUUGAAGCGAUGCACGAGAUGAUUCAAAUGCCCAACACUGAAGUUUUUAUUUGCACAAGUCCUAUACGAAAAUACGACUACUGCGUUUCAGAAAAGUAUAUAUGGGUCGCGCAACACUUGGGUCCUAAAUUUGUGGAGCGACUAAUUCUGACUCGAGAUAAAACAGUUGUUUCAGCUGAUCUGCUCAUUGAUGACAAGGACACCAUUAAAGGGGUAGAGCCAAAUCCAAGCUGGGAACACAUCUUGUUCUCCUGCUGUCACAACAAACAUCUAAAGCUACAGCCGCCACGGAGGAGACUUGAAUCUUGGACUGAUGACUGGAAGGCAAUACUGAAGAGCAAACGUUCCAAGUGAAGCAUAAAGAAAAGAACAUUUUAUUUCUCAAAGGCUCUGGGAAGUAUUUGCUGAUCACCAAUCCCAACUGGAAACAGAGACAUGCCCUUCAAGUCAAAUGAUCCAUAUGGAAAUAGGAUUAUAUUUUAAUUCUAAAUGCGCUUGAAUGAUCUGAGUUAUUAAAAUGUUAAACCCUUGGAUGGAA